AUGUUUUCUCUGGUUUGGAUCGCUCUCAUUGCCGCUGCAUCCACUUCUGCUCGGCCACCGUCCACUUCUACCCGGGCUCAACCUCACCGCCAAACCGCUUUGACUCAGAGAUCUUAUGUCGAUGAUGUGGAUAGUACAGACACAGCGAAUUCAGCGCGUAAUUAUGUCUUUGCUCAUUUCAUUCAGGGUAACGCGCAGAGCUAUACGAAGGAUGAUUGGGUGGCAGACAUGACGUCUGCUCAAAACGCCCACAUUGAUGCAUUUGCUAUCAACAUCGGAACAGAUCCCACUAAUGCAGUUCAGCUUCCCCUUUUAUAUGACGUAGCGGACUCUCUAAAUUUCAAGGUUUUCUUGUCAUUCGAUAUGAGUUAUUACGGUUAUGGAGGUUCUUCAGGUGAUAUAGAGAGAACUAUCAAACAAUUUGCAAACCGAACGAGUCAAUUUAAAUACGAUGGAAGGGUCUUCGUCUCUACAUUCUCAGGAGAGGUCCCUGGAACAUAUUUGGACGGAAAUGCAAACUAUCCAACAACCUGGUGUAGCCUCAAAGCCUCUCUCAGAGGACACGGUGUUGAUGUGAGUAGCUCAAGGUCCUCUUUCUCAUACUUUCCUGCUCGAAUGUUGAUCCAACCAUUCACCAUGGAACGAAACAAACAGAUAUAUCUUUUACCUGGUUGGACUGGCGUCAAGCCCUCCGUUACACGCUGUGCCGAUGGUCUACUAUCUUGGGACGCUUGGCCUCCUCACUCUGACCUCAUCAUGGGCAAUAGCACUAGCACUCAUGAUAAUAUCACCUCACAAGAAAAUUUGUAUUUUCCUGAUACAGCUUUCAUUGCUUCUGCAGAAGCUAUGGGAAAAUCAUUUGCUUCUCCAGUUUCACCUCUUUUCUUCAAACACUUGGGUGAUUCACCUGGUGAUAAUUUAAUCUAUCGUAGUGAUGAUUGGAUGAUGAUCAAUCGUUAUACCAAGUUGAUUCAACUGGAAACUAAACCACAAUUUAUUGAACUACUCACCUGGAAUGAUUACGGAGAAAGUCAUUACUUAUCUGAUCCUAGACCCUCAGCCAAUCUCCCUCAAGGCGCAGUUUCAGCUCAUCAAUAUGUCGAUGGAUUUCCACAUACCCCUUUGCUAAAUUUGACGUCAUAUUUCAAUCAGUGGUAUAAAACUGGAACCCCACCCGUCAUGAACCAAAGGACGACAGUGUAUGUAUGGUAUCGACCUCACCUCAAAAAUGCUAUCGCGUACAACGACACCCUUCCAAUUCCAGCUUUUUCUAAUUUAACCGAAGAUAGGAUUUAUGCCUACUUGAUUCCAAGUCCUGAUACCAAUGUGACUUCAAUCCGAAUUCUAUCGGGUCCACAAGUUUUAGAACAAGUCCUUUUUCCUUUGGAUGAUGCUAGCGCAUCUACUUCACCUGACCUUUGUCGGAUGUAUGAAGAUGUUUCAAAUGAUAAUGAAGCUGAAGUAGAUGGAGAUGGAAUUUUACUUUCGGCACCUUUUCAACCUGGAUCACAAUUCAUUGAGUUACUUGAUAAAAAGGGUAGAACGUUGGCUAGCCUUCAAGGAUUAGAAAUUGAAGAAUGUCCACAAACUUAUAAUUUUAACUAUUGGACAGGAUCACUUUCUGCUUGA